AUGAAGCAUCUCAUUUACAUCCCGUUAUUGCUAGCUGUCGCCACCUCUACUAUCGCUGCCCCUCCAGCUCGGCCUUUCCCAUCCGCUGCUUCGAGUCCCUCCAGUGGUUUCAGCGCCUCGAGCGCCCUAGAUUGUACUCAAUUCACUCCGGCGGGGUCCAGCAACUACAUUGCCAACCCUGACCAGUGGGGUCAAGUUUCAUCCCUCCAGCGAUGGUUCGCUACAAUGGAGCGCUCAGUGGAGAGUGCAAGCCUCUGGGCUCGUACAAUAGCAUCAAUUCGUCAUGGACGUGGAAGUAAGCAAUGUCUUGUUCCUCUCUGCCUCUCUGGCGCAGCUGUGAACAAGCCAAGAGAUCCAUCUUCUCGACGAAGGACAAUUAUGGUCAGUUACAGUCCCGACCCAGUCAGCGCCGACGUCUCUUAUGACGCUUUCAUAUCCACCGGCUCCUGCGGCGCCGGCCACAAAGCAGAAAUCAUGACCUGGCUCGCUGCCUAUGAUCCAACCCCCAUCACUAAGACAGGUGCCAGCCCAUACAAAACAAACGCAAUUCCCGGCUGGAACUUGUUCGUAGGCACGAACAAACAGACCAACGUACCAGCUUAUAGCUUCGUGGCGCAAAGCUCACCCAUGAAGACAUAUAGUGGCAAUCUGAUGUCGUUCUCCACGUAUCUGAAACUGUGA